UCCACAGUUUAGACUGACUGUGUGGUAGAAGUGGAACAAAUGACUCACAACUACAAGGGAUGUGCAAAAUCAGUGUGUCUCACAACUAGUGUGUGUGCAUUUGGGAAAAUCACUGCGUGGAUGAAUGACUGCUGCUGUGGCUCACUUGUGCUGUGUUUCAUGCCCCUCGGAACUUUGAGAAGGAUAUGAUAUCACACCCGUGUUGUAAACCCAGAGGGGAAAAUUUAUUUCGUAACACAGUCUCAGCGACUAUACAUAUGCUUUAUCAAACAUGGAUCAACGGCAUGUUUUUAAAUAAAUGACUAGGAAUUUGACUUUUUUUUCAGAUUCCCAAACACACCCGGGGUGGGCUGGCCGAUACUGCAAAGUUUGGUAUCGCUCAGAUACCAUACCAAGUAAAUGCAGCCAGUAUUGCUGAUACUGAUACUUUUUAGUGGAAAUAUUUUCAAGGUCAUUGACUGUUUUUGUGAUUUUGCCUUUUAAUUUGUUUAUCAUAAUCACAAAAAAACACAGGAUUAAAUUUUGAGGCACAUAAAAUAUUAACACACUUAUUUGUGAUCAAUAUACCAAUUUAUAAAUACAUCAAAAUAAUACGGCCAUUCCCUUUUAUUACACAAUUGUUUGGGCAAAAUAAUGUAAAUGGUGCAAAAUCACUUUAAAAAAGCAAAAACUGUUGGCUUUUAUUCAGAUCCUUUUGGCUCUUUGCCCUCAAAGCCCUCCGGUGUCCAAUGACUAUUAUAUUAUAAUAUAAUAUAUCAUAUCAGCAAACGUACAAUACAAACACACACAAAAACACGCUGGUAUCAAUCAUUAUUAAUACCGCCCUUGGUAUCGAUACCAUCGAUAUUAGGCUCGAUCCGCCCACCACGACUUCAAACACAACGAACGACAGACAAACGUCGAGUGCACUUCACCACCUCAAAGAGUUGCGUACCUCAAAGAGUUGCGUAACGAUGCAUGUAAACUGUUUAACACAACACCGGCAGGCAAAAAGAGGAAACAAACAAAGGCUGCGGCACACAUUCGCCCCGCGGACCACUUGACGCUAACCAAUUCAGGUGAGCAAGGCUACAAAGCAAAUGGAUCACUUUGAGACAUGAGGUGGAAGGAUCCGUCACUUAGGAGCCCUAGUUUGAGAGUUUGAUACAGGCAGAGGCAGCAAUGGGAAAUUCUGAGAGCCAAUACAGCAUCCAGGGCCUCAAAGCCACCAACUUUGGCUUCUCUGGGACACAGAAGCCAUACUCGCUGAAGGUCGGGUCAGCCACAGAUGACCCUCUGUCACCUCACGAAUGGUGGAAAAGUGCACCAGUGAGCUCAGGGUACAAGGCAAAAUGUGUCAGCCGAGGUUGUCUCUCCCCUCCAAAAAGCCGACAGCCUUACUCUGCCCGUCACAGUGACUACUCCUCAAGGGGAGCGAGGGCCAGCCCGAAUGAGAAUCGCUGGCAUCGCUCGACAGGAUGUGGGAUACGCAGGCGGCAAGUGUCUGACUAUGAAGAUAACCCGUAUGGUGCAGACCUCAAUGGCCACACUCUGAAUGGGCAAAGAGACAAAGAGCAGGUUUUAGUGAAACAGAGUAGCCCGCGAGUUGUGAUCAAGAAUGAUGGCAGUCUGAGGGUGGAAUUUACCAACAACGCAAACAGUGGGCUCCUCCUGGAUGAGGUCUCUGGCCCUGUACAGCUCCUCAAGUUCUCUAAUUUGGAAUCCCCCUCCACUUGUAGCCUGCCUGGCUCUGGCAGUAGUGAGCCUGAUGGUCUCCGCAGCGGUCCCCCGCCAGCCUCUACCUCCUCCACUGCCAGAACCAGUAAAGGAAGCUCUUUGAGCUCGGAUGGUUCUUGGUAUGAUUCCCCUUGGGGUGCCAGCACAGAACUCUGUGAGCAGGAUCAACCUUGCUGUGCUAUCAGUACACAAGUGCACUCCCCUAUCAACCAACAUGACUGUCACACUGAGCAGUCAUCCCCUUUGUCCAUCGGAGGCCUCUACAAGGACUCCACAAUGGCUGCUACCUUUACUACAGCCAAAGACCUGCCCUCCCAUUUACAGGAAGCUCCAGUUGGCCAGCAGCCACAUCGAGCCUCCCUUGCAUCAGUCUUGGAUGUUCCCUUGGAGGAGGAAUGCCUUGAUGCUCGCCAGUAUUCGUCAUACACCCUGCCCUGUAGAAGGCCCAAAGCUCACACCAUGAGCGACGGUUUGGACCAGUACCCCAACCGUGAACAACAUCGAGAGCGGGCUGGAUCAGAGUUUGGCUUCCACAAGAAAGCUUCGAUUAAAAACCACAUUCGACGCUUCAGUGACUGGACUGGCAGCCUCAGCCACAAGAAAAGGAAAUUUCAGGAGACCAGACACAAGGACCUGAGCGACGUUUGUGACAGUGGCGUUGACGGCCUCACUGCAGACACUAGCUCCCCUUCCCAGGCCUCAAGUCUCCUCUGGUACCCAGGAGCACCUAGUAACCAGUCAUCAGGAGCUAUUCCCCAAACAACCAAUGACGCCCUCCGCCAGAACAUUUAUGAGAACUUCAUGAAGGAUUUGGAUAUGGGCAGUGGACAGGGAGGAAGUGAGAGGAGAGACCCUUCCACAGGUGAAGACGAAGGGGAGACGAGCAGUGAGUCUGCUGAAGGCUCCCUGGAGCAGCUAGACCUGCUGUUUGAAAAGGAGCAGGGGGUAGUCAGACGGGCCGGGUGGCUUUCUUUUAAACCUCUUGUGACUCUGCAGAAGGACAGGAAGCUGGAACUGGUGGCAAGGCGCAAGUGGAAACAGUACUGGAUCACCCUGAAAGGAUGCACAUUGCUCUUCUAUGAGACAUACAGUAAAGGCUCUCAAGAGCAGGAGCUCUCACCUCGUUACUCUCUUUUGGCCGAGGACAGCAUCGUCCAAGCUGUUCCUGAGCACCCGAAAAAGGAGAACGUCUUCUGCCUCAGCAACUCAUAUGGCAAUAUCUACCUCUUUCAGGCCAGCAACCAGACCGACCUAGAGAACUGGGUGACAGCCAUCCACUCAGCCAGUGCCUCGUUGCUGGCCAAGCGCCAGGGAAAGGAGGAUACAGUCCGCCUGCUGCGCAGCCAGGUUCGUGGCCUGUUGCAGAAGAUUGAUAUGGAUGGAAAAAUGAAGAAAAUGGCUGAGCUUCAGCUGACUGUUGUCAGUGAUCCCAAAAACCGCAAGGCCAUUGAAAAUCAGAUCCAGCAGUGGGAGCAGAACCUAGAGAGGUUUAAUUUGGAUCUCUUUAGGAUGCGCUGCUACCUGGCCAGUCUUCAGGGUGGAGAACUACCAAACCCAAAGAGCCUGCUGGCUAUUGCUAGUCGUCCCACCAAAACCAUCCUGGGCCGCCUGGGGAUAUUCUCGGUCUCCUCCUUCCAUGCACUGAUUUGUUCCAGAGACGAGGCUACACUGCGGAGGCGCUCAUUGUCACGAACUUUUCGAAAGCACAAGCGAGGCCUCUUUUCCUCCCUCAAAGGCCUUGACAACUUGACAAAGAAGGGCAAAAGGGUUUCUGCAUCACAGAUCUUCGAGGGAGACGGUGGAGGUCAAGUGCAUGUUGCGCCUCCGAAGAACACAGAGAGGAUGGACAUGCUCACCAGUAUCUACUCCAUGUCGCCCCCUGAGGGCAGAGUGUGGGACACCAUCAGCUGUGGUACAGACGUGCUAACCUGUGUCCACAUGCCAGAUGGCUUGACAACCAGAAUUAAUGUUGGACGGGAGCAGACAGCCGCGGAAAUCCUCUCUGAAGCCUGCAAGGCGAAACAGCUGGACCCAGACCUGCAUCGACUGCGUCUGCGCAGGCAGGCAGGACAGGACACAGACAUUCGAUCUGUGGCUCCCGGCGAGCUGGUUUGCAAUUUGGUCGGUGGCCAUUUGGAGGUGGUCCCAGUUAAUGUGUUUACUCUGAGUAUGAGCAGAAUGAGCGGCAUUGGUGAUUUUGGAUUUGCAGUAACAGGGAAUAUAGACUGUCAGAACAACAGUCGGAUCUUUGUCAGUGAGGUGCUUGCUGAUGGAUUGGGCUUCACUGAAGGUUUGCGUCCAGGUGAUGAGGUUUUGAUGCUGAAUGGCCGCUAUGUGUCAGGCCUAGACCUUACACUGAUUCAGACCCUGUUUGCCGGGGAAACCCUUGACUUGUGCCUAAGGCGGGACAGAACCUUCCCUCAAAACAGCGCAGUCAACCACCUAUCUCCCCCAGCAUGCAAGCUCAGGGCCAAGUCCUCCUCAGAUUUGUGCGCCGCAGCGGAGGGUAGCGAGCACCUGUGCACGGGGCUGGAGAGUCACUCCCACUGUGCACAUAGGCCUGUUCAGCUCAGCAAGAGCGUGGACACUGUGUGCAAUCUAUACCAGUCCUUCCAGGAGGGAGAAGGUUUAGCCACUGGAGGCCCAAUGGCAGACACCAAGGAGCCACUGAUGAGGCAGGGUGGUGAGUUAGGGACAAGCUCCAGGAGUGAAGGCGCUCUUGUCAGGUCCUGUCCAAAGCAUAUGAGUGGCACUGAGAGGUUAAGCAAGGUCAUCCAGGAGCUGGUGGACACAGAGAAGUCCUAUGUGAAGGACCUGGAAUGCGUGUUUGAGAUCUACCUGAAACCCCUGCAGAACGAAACGUUCCUCACACUGGAUGAGAUGGAGAGUCUGUUUGGCAGCUUGCCAGAGAUGUUAGACUUCCAGAGGGUCUUCCUGCAGACGCUAGAAGAGAUGAUCACCUCCUACCCUGACUUCAGCACCCUUGAAACGCCUUCGCAGUUCAAGAAGCUUCUGUUUUCGCUUGGGGGCUCCUUCCUGUACUACGCUGACCACUUUAAGCUGUACAGUGGCUUCUGUGCUAACCACAUCAAGGUCCAGAAAGUCCUGGAGAGAGCCAAGACAGAUCGGGCCUUUAAGGAAUUCUUGGACGCAAGGAACCCCACCAAGCAGCACUCAUCCACCCUAGAGUCCUACCUGAUUAAACCAGUGCAAAGAGUUCUCAAGUACCCUCUGCUGCUCAGGGAGCUGGUCUCCCUCACUGACGCCAACAGUGAAGAACACUACCAUCUCACAGAGGCGCUCAAGGCCAUGGAGAAGGUGGCCAGCCACAUCAAUGAGAUGCAGAAAAUCUACGAGGAUUACGGCUUCGUCUUUGAUCAACUUGUCGCCGAGCAGGCCGGCCACGACAGAGAGGUCACUGAAAUCUCUAUGGGAGAGUUUCUCCUACAUUCCACUGCAGUCUGGCUCAACCCACACCCGUCAUUGGGCCGCAUGAGGAAAGACCCUGAAAUGACUGUAUUUGUCUUCAAGAAAGCCGUGAUAUUGGUCUACAGGGAAAACAACAAGCUGAAGAAGAAGAUGACCAACCCUUGUUCGGCACUUUCUCAUGGCGAGCCCGACCCAUUCAAGUUCCGUUGGCUCAUCCCUUUCUCAGCGCUUCAGGUCAGGCUGGGAAAUACAGCAGGACCAGGAACAGAAGGCAGCUGCAUCUGGGAGCUGAUUCACUCCAGGUCUGAAGUGGAAGGGAGACCACAGACAGUCUUCCAGUUGUGUAGCAGUGCCCCGGAGAGCAAGGUCAGUGUCAUCAAGGUGAUCCGAUCAAUCCUCAGGGAAAACACCAGGAGGAACACCAGAGGCGAGGCCACUUUGGAGCGCAGCUCCAAGGAGCGUCUGGCUGCCACGCGCAACAACGCGCCCUGCACCGCCAGGCUGGGCUCCUCCAGGGCGUCCUGGUUGUGUCGGCAGCCCCUUGGAGACUCCCCAACCCAGUCUGGGAAGUGUGCACCAGACUCUGAUGAAGGCAGCCGGAGCAGCGGCACCAACAGUGUGUCCGGCAGCGCUCCUCCACACCUUCUUCCUGUCCAGGAAGGCUGGUCUGGAGCGCCACCGGGCAGUGAUUCCCGGCCGGCCUCCAGCUCUGUGAAGGAGUCGGACAUUCUCAGCGAUGAAGACGACGACGGCUUCAGCGAGACGGCAGGAAUGAGGAGAGACAGUGGCAUCGACGCUCGGUUCUUUCAGCUCAAGAUCUCAGAGGAGCCCGUGCUGACGUACAUGCCAGCCCCCUGCGUCCAACCAGAGGGGGACAUGCCUGCGGUCCAGCACAGACUGGCGAGAGGCCACCUGUGUGCAGCAAAGAGUAAAAGCGGCAGUUUGAAGAGGAGCCGGGGGGCGCUGGUGAGCAUGAACGAGCAAAGCAGGUCAUUGGAUAAUGAUGCAGCGUCACCACCACUGGGAUUGGACCUCAAUGCACUCCUGGAGAGGGACUUCAGUGUCCAAAGUCUGACCUCAGUGGUCAAUGAGGACUUUUUCUAUGACACAGGCCUGGAAAGCCUCCCCAGAGCACAGGAAGAUACCACCAGUUAGUCCCUUUGGGCGCACCUACCUGCUAAUGGUCAGGAAAUGAUGCAAUCUGAUUGGUUUACACACUCUGGAAUGUGUGGCCACUAAUCACGGCAGCAAUAAAUCUCACAAACUGUGCAUUCCAACCAACCUACAUUCAACUCCCAGCUCAUUGGCAUUUUUUCCAUUCAACCCUCUCACCUUUUCCCUCAAGAAAUAACCAGCCCUUUCUUCCAACCUUACGGCUGAGGCAGGAGGGGGCGGAGCCACGUAAUAAAAAUAUUAUUUUUUCCUUUGGAAGAUCCACACUGGGGUUGUUUGCUUCUACAGAGGCUAAGCUAAAAAAAUGCUAGCAAUAUGAGUGACAUGGCCAGGUGUGAGAGCGUGGUGCAUGCCAUAAAAAUGGGCCAAACUAUUUAUAUUAUAUAUUCUAAGGGCUGACUGCGUUUAUUUUUAAUGAAAGUGGCAGGUUUGAAGGAAAUUGGUUUCACUUUCUAUUAAGUUUCCUGACAGGUUUAAAAAUAGCUGACAAGACAUUUAAAAAGCAGAUGGAAUGACAGGAAAUGAUGAGAGAUGAUUAAAAAAAAAAACAAAAAAGGAAAUGAGAUACUUGUGAUACACACGCAUAGUCACAUGUUCACUGUGAGCAAAAACCCAAAGACCUGCUGCAGUCACUAAUAUGUUUCCCCUGCACUAAAGUACACUGUUUGCCUUUAUGAUUCAACUGUUUUUUGUACAGGUUUUAAUGUAACAAUGCAUUUUUUUUUAUUUAUUACCUUGGUGUAGAUUGUGUAUAAAAUGUUAAACAAGGCUUUGGCUUUAAGGGCUGAAUCAUUUAUUUUGCUAAAAGAAGCAGGUUGGUAUUUUUCUCUACAUAGCCUUCAGGAUUCUUGUUGAUAAGGAAUCAUAAUGGUUUGCAAUCAGGCUGCUUUUCUUAAUGAUACUGAACUGCUUUACUUUUUAAAAGCCUCUUUUUAUGUUUGUGUUUUGUGGACAGAGCCUUUUUUCUAUCUUGUGUGUUUUUUCUACACAAACUUGAUACUGUACAGCUUCCAAACAAGGCAGGAAUCAAUUAGCAAUACAUUGAUAUUUUUGGUUAAACAAGUUGGGGUUGAGGUACUAUUAAAAAGCAAACCACUAAGACAUGCUUUAACCUUACUUCGCCUUUAACGCUAGCAUACCAAUGAAUGUGAAUGAUGGACUUGUUUUCUAAAUAAAACUUACCUGUGAAUGGUGCCUGGAGAA